UGUAAUAAGAAAGCCAUUGUUUCGACUUGAUAUUGAAAGGAUCAUACAAAAAAUACAAAAGAGCGACAAAGGGGCUUUUAUUUAACACUUAUGUCUGUCAAUAUAUAGCAGUAUUCUUAAAUAAUGUGUCUUAUGAAUUCUUUAUGAAGGAAGACAGUGCUGUGAUAUGGUGCUAGUUGAUAAGCAUUGUUUGUCAAUAAAAAAUACCUAGUCAUUUUAACGGGUGUAAAAUUUCUCAUUGAAAAUUGUUUUAGAUCAAUGCAAAUUCGGCUAUUUAUUUAUUGAUCGCGAAUUUUUGGAUUAUCUUUCUCAAUAAACUGUAAAUACCAUCAAAAUAAACAGUGGAUUUAGGUGGAUUAAUUUCUAAUAUUUAAAAGUGUCAAGUGCUUAUAUUGUCUAGGUGGUUGAAAUACAGCAUGUAGAGAUAAGGGUCCGCUGUGGAAUUUAAGCGGGCCCUAAUCGGAACCCUACAUGUCAUGUUUGGGAUUAAAUACAAAUCCGGGGGUUAAGUACAAGCUGGGUGGGGAGGAUGGGUGCGAGCUGAAGAGGGUGCUGGCCCUGGCUGUGAUGGAAUAUAAACACAUCAGCAGUUAUCGUGCCAUAGUUGCCUCGACCACGGCCAUUCUCAACUCGGAACAUCAUGGACGCAGAUCUAGUCUGAAUGAGUCUCAGGGGCCAAAAUACAAAGCACUUGACCAUCGGUUGUACAUUGUGUCAGAGUUGUUGCGGACAGAGAAAGAAUAUUUCAACAAUCUUCAGACAGUACUAGAAAACUAUGCUGAACCAUUUAGGAAGUUUACUUCUUUGUCGGUGGAGGACCACAGGGUGUUGUUUGUGGGGCUUGAACCAAUUAUAUCAAUCAGUGCAAUGAUAGGGUCAAAGCUGGAUGAUGCAAUUGAUUCAUGGGACCCUGCAAGCACAAAGAUAGAAUUUUUUAGUAAAUACUGGAAUCAUUACGAGGACUACGCAGAAAGAUACAGUGCAAUAAAAGGAGAUUUCAAAGAGGAACAAGCUAUGCAUCCAAGAGAUGAAGAAGAUGCUGAAUUGGCAAUUUUCCUGUAUGCCUAUAUAGUUACUUGUCGGCAGCAGCAACAAGAGAUGGAACAGGACAGAAUAGAAGAGAGAGGAAGGAGAAGAAAUAGAAGGCCUAGGACCUGCUGA